AUGCAGAGCAAGUUAAUAAUUUUAAACGAUAAAAAAAACGGGCUUUUGUCAUUUGAAAAUCCAAACUACCAUCUGGAAUCAGCUCGCUUCGAUGACGCAUUGAACAGUAAUGGUACGGAAAAUUCACUCUUCGAUGAAUUCUAUCAAGAUUUAGUGGUGAGUGGAGCCAGAAGAGAAGAAAUGGUCACCGGGAUCGUAAACGGUGGCGGAGGUGGAGACGGUGGUGGCGGUGGUACAAGACACGCACGAAGAACUUAUGCCACACUUGAUCUUGAAAGCAUGGGCGUCGACGUAACCCAAGGUCCUUUAACUCAAAAUUCAGUCACCGCUGAAACACCAGACAAUACCGCCAACCACAAUCUUGGGUAUGGCAGCGAGGGUGCGGAGGUAGCUGAGUCGACGCUGGUUGAUGAUAACCUCAACGGGAAUCCUCGAUCAUCAUCUAAGGCCCUGUCAAAUCCAUCCGCGACCCUCGAUGCCGGUGAUUCUGACCUCGUCAGAAACGAUCUUUAUGCUGUCCCAGUUAAACGCCGACAGCCCAAGGAUCAAAAUAUAACAAACCAACUCCACAAUAAUUUUAAAGAAAAACCUGACGAGUCAGAAAGUCCGCAUUCGGAGGACAAGGAUGAAAAUUUGCCGGCUGGUUGGGAAAAACACGAGGACAAAGAUGGCCCUUACUACUGGCACAUAAAGAGCGGAACCAUACAGAGAGAGCCACCAGAGGCAACACUUAAUUGCAAGAAUGAGAACCGUAAAAGUCUUGUCAAAGACAAUGACAGUAUAAAUAAUUUUCAUUCACUGGGGAUGAUAAUCAAUACAGUGACACGUAGCAAUACAAGUUCUGCGUUAGAUCAAGAAUUAGAAAAUAAACGAAAAGAAGAAUUGGCAUUAAAAUUCGCCGUUCGGUCUCUUGGUUGGACGGAAAUAGCUGAAGAAGACUUGACACCAGAAAGAAGUAGCAAAGCUGUCAACAAGUGUAUCGUUGACUUGUCACUCGGAAGAAAUGACCUUCUAGACGUUGUUGGUCGAUGGGGCGACGGAAAAGAUCUUUUCAUGGAUUUAGACGAAGGAGCGCUGAAAUUAAUUGACCCAGAGAAUCUGACAGUACUUAACACCCAACCAAUUCACACUUUGAGAGUGUGGGGAGUUGGCAGAGAUCACGGACGGGACUUUGCUUACGUAGCAAGAGAUAGAUCGACUAGAAAAUUCAUGUGUCACGUGUUUAGGUGUGACAUACCAGCCCGUACAAUUGCAAACACAUUGCGUGAUAUUUGUAAAAAAAUAAUGAUUGAGCGAUCGUUGCACCAGAAUCUCGCCAAACCAGUGGACAUUAACGGCAGAACUAGUCUAGCAACAAGACCUACCAAUUUACCCACAGAACAUCGCCGCUUUCACAGAAAUAAUGAUCAGCCUCUGGUUGCACAAUCAUUCCCUACCCCAAUGGAAGAACCAAAAAAAGUCUUACGAGCACAAUAUCUUGGGUCAAUGCAAGUAACUGCAGCUACGGGAAUGGAGGUGUUGAACGACGCAAUAGACCACAUGGUGACAAACACCCCUAUUAAUCAAUGGCGGAAUGUAAACGUCGCUGUGGCUCCUAGUAUGAUUUCUAUUCUUACACCCAAUGAUGAGAAAUUGAUCACCGAAUGUCGAGUACGCUACUUAUCAUUUUUGGGAAUCGGAACCAAUGUGAAGCAAUGUGCAUUCAUCAUGCAUACAGCUCAGGAUCUCUUCAUCGCUCAUAUAUUCAAUUGUGAGCCGAGUAGUGUCAAAUCAUCCAAGCCAAUCGGUUCGCCAGGAACUGUGGCCACUGCCUGCCGAGCGAGAGGUGAUUCGACACAGGCAUCUCAAGUCACCGUUGACAUCUAA